CAUCAUCGUCUGAAGUAGUACACUGUUCUCAAGAGAGCUAAGGCCAAUCCGGCGACGUGUGCUGUGAAUUUCGGACAUCGAAAGAAAAUAAACUUACCAGAACCUUAAGAUGGCUUCCAAAGAUGAACUUGCAUGUGUAUAUGCCGCCCUUAUCCUCGCUGACGAUCAAGUAGCCAUCACAGAUGACAAACUUUCAACCAUUCUGAAGACUGCCAAGGUGUCAGUUGAACCUUAUUGGCCAGGCCUCUUUGCCAAGGCCCUGGAUGGUGUGAAUGUGCGUGAUCUCAUCACCAACAUUUCAAACUCCGCAGGAUCAGCUCCUGCUGCUGGGGCUGGUGGUGGUGGUGCUGCCCCAGCUGCCGAGGAGAAGAAGGAGGAAAAGAAAGAGGAAAAGAAGGAAGAAUCAGAAGAGUCAGAUGACGAUAUGGGCUUCGGUCUGUUUGACUAAGAAGAUGGAACUUCGGUUUUAUUUUGUACUUUUACUGUUACAUUAAAAUGCAAGAGCCAUCUA